CAAUUUGUUAUUCAAAUAUGAACUUUAACGAACAGGCAUAGAGUUCUCGAUUAGCUUAGUCAUGAUAUCAAAAGAUAAUACAAUGUAAAUACAAAUCUUUUUACAUAAAGAUAUGUAUCGUGAGCGAACUAACUGCUGAAUAUUCUUUAUAUUUUGGUCUCCUUUAUCGACUAGUUUUUGAAGAUAUUAUCAUGGUUUUACUUAGAGGAAGCUGUCUGAUUAGCAUCAAAAUGAGACCAGUAGCGAGUAAGUUUAUUAAAACGAUGGCGAUGGCAUAUUCCACAAAAGUUUCCCUUAAUGAAGUGGUCAUCGCUUCUGCUGUAAGAACUCCCAUCGGAUCCUUUAGAGGCACCUUGGCAAGUAUGUCUGCAUCAGAACUUGGAGCAGUAGCUGUAAAAGGAGCCAUUGAAAGAGCAGGAAUUCCUAUGGAAGAAGUUAAAGAGGUAUAUAUUGGAAAUGUUUGUUCUGCAAGUAUGGGACAAGCUCCAGCUAGACAAGCAGUAAUAUUUGCUGGGCUCCCAAAAAGCACAAUUUGCACAACUGUGAAUAAGGUCUGUGCUUCUGGAAUGAAAUCCAUUAUGUUAGCUGCCCAAGGUCUUCAAACUGGAGACCAAGAUGUUAUUCUAGCCGGUGGAAUGGAAUCUAUGUCUAAUGUACCUUUUUAUUUAAAACGAGGUGAAACUACUUAUGGGGGCAUGCAACUUGUUGAUGGUAUUGUAUUUGAUGGACUUACUGAUGUAUAUAACAAAUUUCACAUGGGGAACUGUGCUGAAAAUACUGCAAAGAAAUUAGAAAUAUCACGAAAACAGCAAGAUGAAUAUGCCAUUAAUAGUUAUAAGAGAAGUGCUGCUGCUUAUGAAGCCAAAGUAUUUGUUGAUGAAUUGGUACCAGUUUCAGUGCCACAGAAAAGAGGUGCACCACCUUUAAUAUUUGCUGAAGAUGAAGAAUACAAAAGGGUUAAUUUUGACAAAUUUAAUAAAUUGGCAACUGUAUUCCAAAAAGAUAAUGGAACUGUGACAGCUGGUAAUGCUUCUACUUUAAAUGAUGGUGCCGCUGCACUGAUUCUAAUGACUGCUGAGGCUGCUCAGAGACUAAAUGUGAAACCUAUUGCUCGUGUAGUUGGUUUUGCUGAUGGGGAAUGUGAUCCAAUCGACUUCCCAAUUGCACCUGCAGUCGCCAUACCUAAAUUAUUACAAAAGACUGGAGUGAAGAAAGAUGAUGUUGCUUUAUGGGAGAUCAAUGAGGCUUUUAGUGUAGUGGCAGUAGCCAAUCAAAAGAUCUUAGAAUUAGACCCAUCUAAAGUAAAUGUUCAUGGGGGAGCUGUAAGUCUUGGUCAUCCCAUUGGUAUGUCCGGUGCCAGGCUGGUAGUGCAUUUAUGUCACGCAUUGAAAAAGGGAGAAAAGGGUGUUGCAUCUAUUUGUAAUGGUGGAGGUGGUGCAUCAUCAAUUAUGAUUGAAAAAAUAGAACAAACUGUAAAUGGACCACCUGUCUUGACCUUCUACACAAAACACCCAUGCCCAUUAUGUGAUAUUGUUUUGGAAGAAUUAGAACCCUAUAAAAACAGAAUUAUUAUAAAAAAAGUUGAUAUUACAGAAACGGAAAACAUUAGAUGGCUUAAACUUUAUCGAUAUGAUAUACCAGUAUUAUUCCUUAAUGGAAGAUUCUUAAGUAAGCAUAAAUUGGAUACACAGCUUCUUAAGAGAAGGUUGACAGAUAUUGAAAAUGAAUAAAUAUAAAAAAUAUUAAAACCCUUACUAAAGAGCAAAGCUUUGGACAUGAAUAUAAUAAUUAAGUUGUUUGUGUAACUUAGGUAUAAGAGAGUUGGAUUCUAUAAUCCAUAAAAUUUAAAUAAUCGACAAUGAAG